CAGAGCUGAGAUGGAGCUGAUGAGGAGGCUGCAGCUCCCCAAGGAACCAGUGCCCCUGCGCAGUAGCUCGGUGUCGGUGUUGAUCCGAGGCUUUGUGGCUGACGUGGGCUGCGAGCUGCUCUACAGGAGCAAGGAGCCGGGGCCCAUGGAGGCCGUGUUCAAGUUCCCCGUGGAUGCCGAGGCAGCUGUCUACGCCUUCCAGGCCCGAGAAGAAACAGGUGCUGGGGGACAGGGGUCCCGGGGGGAGAAGGAGGGGGUGCAGGAGGUGUAUGGGGAUGUGCUGGCUAGGGGGCAGGGCUCGUUCCUGCUGCAGCAGGAAGGGGCCGGGGGCGACGUGUUCAGCUGCUCCCUGGGGAAUCUGCCCCCCGGGGAGGAGGCGGUGCUGACCCUGCGCUAUGUCUGUGAGCUGCCGCUGGAGCCUGACGGGGCUGCCCGCUACGUGCUGCUGACCGUGCUGCGUCCCCACUACACGCCCCAUGUGUGGGACGGGGAGGAUGUCACCCAGGGGGUCCCGCGGGUCCCCCAGCAGGAGCUGCCCUACACCCUGAGCCUGAGCGCCACGCUGCAGUCGCCCCACGGCAUCAACCGCGUGCUCUCCAACUGCCCACUCACUCCCCUGAGCUAUACAGCCGGGAACCAAACCACUGCCCAGGUGUCACUGGCCCAGGCCCCCCUGUAGGACCGGGACGUGGAGCUGCUGGUGUAUUACGCAAAGCCACACAAACCUAGCGUGGUGCUGGAGGCUGGGCUGCCUGGAGCCAAGCGAGGCUCCCUGAUGGGCGACCCAACCAUGAUAGUGACUCUGCUCCCCAGCGUGCCCGAGGUGGUGCCAGCCCAGAGCCAGGCCGGGGAGUUCAUCCUCCUGCUGGACCGCUCCGGCAGCAUGGCGUGCCCCAUGGACAGCAGAGACCUCUUCCGCCAGCGCAUCAACAGCACCAAGAUACAGCCAGAAGGGAGGCUGCGGUCGGAGACCCUGAUCCUGCUGUUGAAGAGUUUGCCCCUGGGCUGUUAUUUCCACAUCUAUGACUUUGGGUCUGAGUUCGAGUCCUUCUACCCGCAGAGCAUGGAAUAUACCCAGCAGACCAUGGCCGAGUCCCUGCAGUGCGUCCAGCUGCUCCAGGCUAACCUGGGGGGCAUCAAAAUCUUGGAGCCACUACAAGCCAUUUACCGCAGCCCCUGCCGGGACGGGCACCCACACCAGCUGUUCGUGUUUACGGAUGGGGAGGCAGAGAACACCCAGGAUGUCAUCACAGAGGUGUGGCAUCACCGGGGGACCCACAGGUGCUUCUCCUUUGGCAUCGGGGACGGGGUUUCCACAGCUCUGAUCAAAGGCAUCGCCCGGGCAGCAGGGGGCAGUGCCGAGUUCAUCACUGGCCAGGACCGCAUGCAGCCCAAAGUGCUGCAGUCUCUGAAGCGGGCCCUGCAGCCGGCGGUGACCGGGAUCUCGCUGAGCUGGGAUCUGCUCCCUGGGAUGCAGGCACAGCUGCUGCACCGGGGCCCCGAGGUGAUAUUCGCUGGGCAGCAGUGCCUCACCUAUGCCCAGCUCUGCGAGCAGCCGCAGCCCCAAGGCACUCCCAUGGGGGGCGUCACCCUGCAGUAUGGCAUCCAGGACCAGACCUACAAGGAGAUACUGCAGUUCCCCCUGCAGCCACAGGAUGGAGACAGGCUGCAUGUUCACCGGUUGGCAGCCAAGUCGCUGCUGCUGGAGCUGGAGGGGGCCAUGGGCGCUGGGUCAGAGGUGGCCCAGCACCGGGCAGUGGAGGCCAGUCUGAGCUCAGGGGUCAUCUGCUCCCUCACAGCCUACAUGAGGGUGGACAAGGAGCAGGGGCAGCCGGUGCAGGGGCCGCUGGUGAGACGGGAUGUCCCAUUGGCAGAUUUCAUCAAGGAAUAUAUGGAGAUGAUAGACCGCGUCUCGAUAAGGGAAGUCUCAUUAGACGGUAUCUAUGAGCAGCCAGCGAGCAGAGUGCACCUAGCCGAACCGAACCACCGCAGCGUCUUCGGGCGCCUGUCCCAUGACUUGCAUGCGGCACAGCGGGCACCAGAGGAGUAUGCCUUACUGAGGCUGGUGUCUCUGCAAAAUGCUGACAGUUCGUGGGACCUGGACCCCCGGCUGGCUGCCGUGCUGGGGGUGAGCGAGACUGAUGCCAGGGCGAGGAUACCCAGGAAGGACAUGACCCCCAGCAUCUGGGCCACGGUGCUAGCCGUGGUCUGGCUGCACGACCGGGCCAUGGGGCAGCGUGACGAGUGGGAGCUGCUGGAGGCUAAGGCUGUGGGUUGGGUGCGGGACCGAGGAGGAGCCCAGCUGAGCGAGUGCCUGGAAGCCACCAACGCCCUGAUGGACUGCAGCAUUGGCCCUGUUGUCUUUGGGCUCUGAGCCCCCCUGGGAUCCCUGUACCUGCUCCUCAAACUACUUUGGGCAUUCAACUUGGAGCCCCAAGAGCCAACAGGGGGUGCAGAGGUGGCUGCGCUGAUCUCGCCCUUCAUGAGCCAUCCAGUGUAAACCUAGUCCCACCUCUGUGGAGUUCAGCUAUUGGACAGACAGACAGACCAACAGGAUCUUUGCUUGUCCAAACGCGACCUCAUUUUGUCAUAGUGGCAGAUUUCUCUUUGCUAGACAAUCCUGAACGCAAACAGGAGCGCAGUGAUUCACAUAAUUCUUCAUUUCCUCUCUGUCUAGGUCUGGACUGGAGCUGGUCAGACAUUUUCCAGCUGAACAGUGUUGUGUUGGCAAAUGCGAUUCCUUGGUGAAGGCUGAAAGGUGGAAACAGGCAGCAGAUGGAGGAAGCUUGUCCCAGGCUGCAUGUUGUGAGUCCGUCCCCAGUCACCAGCUGCUGAAUUCUCUACCACAGGAAGAAAUGCUUAAAACCUGACCAUCCAUCUUGAUGGUUAAUGCUCACGCUGUGUCUGUCCUGGGCAGCACGGGGCCCUUCUCAGGACAUCCUGGGACUCAAGCAAACGAUGAAAAACAUCAGCUGGUUAAUUUCCUGGAAGGAAAGUGCUAUUUUUAUCAAGAAACUGCAGGAGCGUAAGGAGGAAACAAACAGUUUUCCCACUUUAUGUUAACCAGCCCUGACCCCCUUUGAACAGCUUUCACCACAUGACUCUGUGCUGGGUCACGUCCCUAUUUCAGCCUUUCCGUGUCUGAGAAGGAAACUCAAGAAAUUCAAUUAAUAGCACCUGGAGUCCAAUCACAGCUACCUGCCCCACAUGGUGCAGAGACUCUGGGGAAGGAUUAAGAUACCAGGUAAUUGAUUUAAUUGCCUUAAGCCCUGAAGGAAUGCAGCCCUGGGACUGAGAUUUCCCCAAAGGCCAGAUGGAAUUCAGAGAUCCUAAUUCCCACUUCCCACUGUGAAUAGUGGAACUUCGAUACCAGCGGUGACAUCCUGGUCCCAUUGAAAUCAAAGGGCGUUUUGGCUUCGACUUCAAUGGGCACAGAAUUUCAGCCCAUAUUACUGGGCUUUUGCAAAUUAAGCCCUGUGGCUGGGAUUUUGGAAGAAGUGGUUGAGGCACCCAGUUCCAGGGGAUUUGGCCUCUCUGAAAAUCCAAACCUAUCAUCCUGUUCCAAACCCAAUGAAGUCAGAGGAAAGGCUCUUUCAGAGAGAGCUGAGG